UUAAAAAUGCCAGCGGACUGAGUUUCUUGGAAGUCUAGAAGUCUUGGUCAGUUCCUUCGACCCCAUUAUCUGAUACGUUGUUUCUUCGAGCAAAUUUCGACGAAGUAUCCGAUUCUUCAAAUCCAAGAAAUUGAUACUCCAUCGAAUUCUUUCCAUUUAAUCUAUAUUUUCUCCAUCAAUCGUGUUUACAUCUAUUCGUUUUUGGUUUCUUUCCCUUCUACAAAAGACAAACCCUAAUCUUCUAACUGUAUCAUAGAUCGUACCGUUGAUCCAAUUGGAGGGUCAUGCCCAUAUCAUCGACAAUGCUUCACAAAAGCUUCAAGCCCGCGAAAUGUAAAACGUCUCUGAAACUGGCGACAUCCCGGAUUAAGUUAAUGAGGAAUAAGAAGGGAGUACAGAUUAAUCAGAUGAAGAGGGAAUUAGCUCAAUUGCUUGAGACAGGCCAGGAUCGUACUGCACGAAUUCGAGUUGAACAUGUAAUCAGGGAAGAGAAGAUGGUGGCAGCAUACGAGCUAAUUGAUAUAUACUGUGAACUUAUCGUAGCACGAAUGCCCAUUAUUGAAUCCCAAAAAACUUGUCCCAUUGAUCUGAAGGAAGCUGUGACAAGUGUGUUAUUUGCAGCUCCAAGAUGUUCUGAUAUAUCAGAACUCGUGGAUAUUAAAAAACAAUUUACUUCAAAAUACGGGAAAGAAUUUGUUUCUGCAGCUCUCGAGCUAAGGCCUGAUUCUGGUGUAAGCCGCAUGUUGGUUGAGAAGUUAUCUGCAGUAGCUCCUGAUAUUCAGACAAAAGUCAAAGUAUUAACUGCCAUUGCAAAAGAACAUAAUAUCAAUUGGGAACCAACUUCAUUCGAGGAGAAAGAGUCAAAGCCUCCAAAUGACUUGUUGAAUGGUCCGAAUAGUUUUGAGAAUGCCAGCAUGGCGAAUGCCAAUCCUUCAAAGAUUCAACCCUCAAAUGUCAAUGCUGUUCAUAGCCAUGAAAAAAAAGCGGGCCCACCUCUCGACUUUGCUGAACAGAACAGAAAAUACAUAGUUGAUAAUGGGGCUGCAACAUCAUCUUCAGGAAUAACUUCUGAGAAGAUGGAAAUGAGGGGUGAUGAUGAUUUUUCAUCAGGUGGGCAGAACUGGAAUAUGGGAUUUAAAGAUGCUACUUCUGCAGCAGAAGCAGCAGCUGAGUCUGCAGAACGGGCAGCCAUGGCUGCCCGAGCUGCUGCCCAAUUUGCAAGUCAUGAAAAGAUCACCACUAGAGAUGAAACUCCUCGAAAAUCAAAGAUAAUUAAUCAGCAAAUGGAUCAAAGUGAAAAUGAAAAUAAACGAAAAGAUAAUGAAAGAGUCCAUGAGGCUAAUACAAGAUCCAACAAAUCGAAUUCAUCUAAAGAAUCUAAGUUAGAGAGUGGGAAGAAAAACAGUUUCUCUGGUGAUAGAAAACCUAAGAUAACGAAUCAGCAAAUUGAUCGAAAUGAACAUGGAGAAAAGGAUAAUGACAGAUUUCAUCAGGCUUAUACAGGAUCUAGCAGGAAGACUUCUUCUAUAGAAUCUAAAAAUGAGUUUGAGAGUGGCAAGAAAGAAGGAUUUGAAUCCGAAAAUAUUAAUUUAUUUGCAGAAGAAAUGUUUAAAAAGCAACCAAGUGUUCAUUCCACCACUUCCAGUGAUGAACCUGAUGAUGAAGUUGUUGCUGAUGAUCGGAAAGCUGGGAAAAGAAGUGUUGUUGGGAAUCCUUUUGCAGUUGUUGAUCAAAGAAAUGCUUUUAGUCAAUCCACAAAGUCAAAAUCAGAUCUUGAUGACCAAAGAGACAAUGAAGCAGUUUUUGAUGAUGAUGAUGAUAGCCCAAAGUUUGAUACAGGAUUUGAGUAUGAUGAAGUUGAGGCCACUUCAUACUUCCAGUCUCCAGUUCAAGAAUCUUCUACGCAUUCCCUAGAAAAUGCUCACAUUUGGAGCCCUAAAAGAAACGAGAGUAUUAAAUUUGAAAAGAUGAGUUCUCAAUCGAAUCUUUUUUCAGAAAGUGUCUCUUUUGGUGAGCAUUCUGUGAAAUCCAUGGAAGCUUCAGAAACAGAAGAUGGUGCUCCUGUGAGUUUUGAUCAUUCAGAUGAUGAAAGUGAAAGCGAGUUUAAUGGGAAAAACAAAUUGGAUGAUGUUUUGUCUGCAAAUCCCGAGCCUUUACCAAGAAAAUCCCGAAUUGAGUUGAAUGAUUUGGUUGAAGAGGAAUCGUCUUUUGAUGAUGAUCCCAAAGAUGAAGAGAAAAGACACUCUUCAAGCAUUUUACUUAAAAAACAGGACUCAUUGGAAGAUAACAAUGAUUAUGAUUUUGGGAAAGAGCUGAAGUUUGGAACAUUGACAGGUGGCCUUCGAAACAAAGGUGGUGUUCUUAAAUUCCCACCAUAUACAAAACCUACAACAACAGAUGCCUUGAAUUUGUCCAAAAAGUCAGUUGAUGAAAGUUCUGUGACUAAAACUGAAAAUGAAACAUCUCUUAAUAGUUCUUUGGAUUCAAGAGUGGGCAGAAUGGGAGAUAAGAAAGCAAGUGUUACUAUUUCAACUUCUGAUUCAGAUUCAGAUGACUCCGGCGACAAGUUUCCGGCGAGAUCACGGUUUGUGCCGCCUACUCCAUUCUUCGAUGAUGAUGAUGAUUAUGUUGAAACCGCUUCUGAGGAGGUUUCAAAAAAGGCUCCAAUUAGCAGUGUUCGUUUGCGUACAGAGCUUUCUAGAAGGACUAGAGGAUCUCCUUCAGUUUCUAAUUCAAAGACUCGUGUUGACCCCGAGCCCAAAACAGUAAUUUCACCCGAGCCUCGGUUCAAUUCAAGAAAAACAACAGAAAUUGGACAAGAAAAGCCCAAAAAGGAAAUGGAAACUUCUAUUCCGAAAAGUGGGCUCACUCCAAGAAACAGUGAUGAAUCUGGUGAAAAGAAGAUUGUUGGGAAAACAGAAAAACAGAGUGUAGAAAAUAUAGCCAAGAAACCGAGUUAUGUUCACCCGAAGCUUCCUGAUUAUGACACUUUUGCUGCUCGUUUACAAACCUUGCGAAAUGAGCACAAGUGAAGUACAUAUAUAUGAUAAUGUUGAUUGUCUUUUUAGCACAUAAUACAUGUAACAUCUGAAGCACGUUUUGCUUCAGGUGGAUUCUUGUUUAUAUACAUAUAUUUCAAUUUGGUUUGUUUAUAGAAGGGACACAGACAGACAGACUUAUCUUGGUACAUGGUUGUAAUAGGAAUGAUUUCUUGUGAGCUUUUUUUGUU